ACACACACCUGCUGCCCUCUAAAAGAAAAAUCAAAACAAAUCAAACAAAUAAACAAACCUCAAUUGAUGGACCUGGAGGAGUAUGUGUGAGCGUGGGGGGCAUGAGUAUGUGUACGAGUGUGCAUGCGUUUCCCUUUCCCUUAUUUGUCUCCUGUGCGUCUCUCCCUGUACCCUCCCCCUGCCUCAAUUAUAUUAUUCCCCGGGACUUGGAAGAUGCUCCCUGAGCUGACGCUUUGAUGGUAUCUGCAAGCGUUUGUGCUGAUCUUAUUUCUGCCCCCUGAAUAUUAAUUCCCGAAGCUGCUAGCAAUACAGCUCCCCAGUGACGGGACCUACUAGAGGCAGGUGGGGGGAGCCACCAUCAGUUCAUAAGCAUAAUAAUAAUACAAAGGGGAGGGAUUCUUCUGCAACCUAGAGGCUAGAGGCAGGGGGGAAAAAAAAAAAAGCGAUGAGUUCGACAAAUACAUGGAGCACAGGAAGCUCAGUCUACUCGACUCCUGUAUUUUCACAGAAAAUGACGGUGUGGAUUCUGCUCCUGCUAUCGCUCUACCCGGGCCUCACUAGCCAAAAAUCUGAUGAUGACUAUGAAGAUUAUGCUUCUAACAAAACAUGGGUCUUGACUCCAAAGGUUCCGGAGGGUGAUGUCACUGUCAUCUUAAACAACCUCCUGGAAGGAUAUGAUAAUAAACUUCGACCUGAUAUAGGAGUGAAACCAACAUUAAUUCACACAGACAUGUAUGUGAAUAGCAUUGGUCCAGUGAAUGCUAUCAAUAUGGAAUAUACAAUUGAUAUAUUUUUUGCCCAAACAUGGUAUGACAGACGUCUGAAAUUUAACAGCACCAUUAAAGUCCUCCGAUUGAAUAGCAACAUGGUGGGGAAAAUCUGGAUUCCAGACACUUUCUUCAGAAAUUCCAAAAAGGCCGAUGCACACUGGAUAACCACCCCCAAUAGGAUGCUGAGAAUUUGGAAUGAUGGUCGAGUGCUCUACACUUUAAGGUUGACAAUUGAUGCUGAGUGCCAAUUACAGUUGCACAAUUUUCCAAUGGAUGAACACUCCUGCCCCUUGGAAUUCUCCAGUUAUGGCUAUCCACGUGAAGAAAUUGUCUAUCAAUGGAAGCGUAGUUCUGUUGAAGUGGGGGACACAAGAUCUUGGAGGCUUUAUCAAUUUUCAUUUGUUGGACUGAGAAAUACCACUGAAGUAGUGAAGACAACUUCUGGGGAUUACGUGGUCAUGACUGUCUAUUUUGACCUGAGCAGAAGAAUGGGAUACUUCACCAUCCAGACCUACAUCCCCUGUACACUCAUCGUUGUCCUAUCCUGGGUGUCUUUCUGGAUCAAUAAGGAUGCCGUUCCAGCCAGAACUUCUUUAGGCAUUACCACUGUCUUGACGAUGACUACCCUCAGCACCAUUGCCCGGAAGUCGCUCCCCAAGGUCUCCUAUGUCACGGCAAUGGAUCUCUUCGUAUCUGUUUGCUUCAUCUUUGUCUUCUCUGCUUUGGUGGAGUACGGCACCCUGCAUUAUUUUGUCAGCAACCGGAAACCAAGCAAGGACAAAGACAAAAAGAAGAAAAACCCUCUUCUUCGGAUGUUUUCCUUCAAGGCCCCUACCAUUGAUAUCCGCCCACGAUCAGCAACCAUUCAAAUGAAUAAUGCCACACACCUUCAAGAGAGAGAUGAAGAAUAUGGGUAUGAGUGUCUGGACGGCAAGGACUGUGCCAGUUUUUUCUGCUGUUUCGAAGACUGCCGAACAGGAGCUUGGAGACAUGGGAGGAUACACAUCCGUAUCGCCAAGAUGGACUCCUAUGCGCGGAUCUUCUUCCCCACUGCCUUCUGCUUGUUCAAUCUGGUUUACUGGGUUUCCUACCUUUACCUGUGAAGAGGUAUGGGUGUUACUGAUGUGGGUCUUACUCACUAAAUCUCAUGGAGAGAGAAUGUCCUUUCUAAGUCCACUUAUAUAAUCCCCUGAGUGGUUUAUAAUACUCUGAAUUUGUUUCUGUGUUCUAACCUGGUAAAUUGUAUUCAUGUCAUAUGGUUUGCACCCAACUCUCCUGUGGUAAAUAAGUGUAAUUUGAGCUAUACUGUUCGCUGUGUCUCAAACCUGCAAGGCCAAGUGAAAUUAGAGCAGGAACAUUGAAACCAAACAAGAUUUUGUUUUCCACAACAGGAAUUGCAAUAGUGAAAGCCAUGACUAUUUACAGUGGUGGUAUCCUUACUCAAUUCAAAAUACAAUUAGAUGCAAAAGAUCCCAAACUGUAUCCUCUGUUCAUCUGGGGUCAAGUUGUGGUAAAUUUGAUCCCAAUAGGAGAUCUCCCUUAUCUGAGAAAAAUCACAACCUGCUUUAAAUAUGGGAGCCUACACUAGAAAUCGAUUUCAUCUCCAGCCCAAGAUAUGAGGAAAAUUUCCUCCACAUCACAUGUACAAUGAUGUAAAUAUUUCAGUAACGUAGAAUGCUUCAAGUUUAAUGCAUGCAUCUCUCUAGAGCCAAAACAAAUGGAUUGAAGUUAACAUCAUAAAGUAUUUUAUUCUGUGUCUUUGGGCUGUAAAAGAAUCAUGAAUGUAAUUAUAAGGGUUUAGGGUUUGGAAUUGGAGGGAGGAAUUUUCUCUACCUUCUCCCUCAUGCAUGAAGAUUCAAACAUCUUAUGUUUUCCUCGUACGACAUAUUGAAACACCUUAAGUAAAAUACAGACUGGAUGAUUGACAUCUGCCACCUCGAAAUAUGCCCAGUUUCAUAGAGAAUAAAGUAAAUGUGUGUGCUCGCUGCUACUUUGUUUCUUCCUUUUAGGAUGAUAGGUCAUAACAGAACUUACUCUCCAUUUCAAGAUCUGCUUCUAGUGACUGUGAAUGCCUUGUGGGCAGAAUCCUUGUCAUUUCCUCUUUGGGUCCUCAGCACCUUGUAUAGUGCUUGGCACAUAGCUGGCGCUCAAUAAAUGUGGUUGGAAGUGAACUGGCUUUAUAUGCUUCUGGUGAAUCUCUCUGAGCUGGUCUGGAACCAGUGAUUCAUCUUCUCACAUAGGCAUUAGGCAGUGCUCUUUGAUCUUGUAGAAGUAAACAGAAGGAUCCAAAGAAUUUUGGCUAUUUUUGUUCCUUAUCAAACAUUUACUUUAGGCAAAGUCCAUACUCCUUUUAGAACAAUAUUGACAUCCUCCAUUUAUGUACAGAAAUGAGUCUAGUAGGGCAUAAUUAGAACCUGUGUAUUAUUGUUCCAGGUUUGGAGGGGCGUCAGCUCUGACGCAUCCACCCCUUCACUGAGGACAGAUGACAGACAUAAGCAGGAGUCAUACCUGACUGGUGUUCAGAAUGGAGUAAUCUACGCUCUGUGAAAACCAAAAUGUACUGAAGUUUACAUUUAAAAAAAUGAAAGAACAAAUGAAAGACCUACAUGGAGGUUGAGCCUAUGACUGUGUCCUCAUUCAAGGAUAUUGUACUCACAUGAAGUGGUGGUCCCAGACUUCAAACAUAAUGAGUUGAGCUCCAUGUUCAUGUAUUCAUCCUGAAUCCUUAUUUUUCUAAAAUAGCACCCUUUGCAAGUUCUUCCUUUUGGCAAUCAUUGCUCUAAGUCAGAAUUCAAUCAUAGCUAUAGAUAAUCUAAAAAGAGUAGAAAAGAAGAGAAAGUGGCAUUGUUAAUAGAAAACCAUGUAAAGUCAUGAUCAAGUCAUCUGGAUGAAUCUUGAAAUACAUUUAGCUGCCAAUUUUACAAACCUUUACUGUAUCAGUGCUCUAGUAUAUAACCUCAAACACAUGUAAAUAGAAUUAUUUUCUUGUUUUGAAUUGUUAACAUAUUAAAUGUUGACUCUUUGGGAGAGUUGUUGGCAAAUUUUCAAUGACGAGAAACAUGUUACUAUUGUCGACUUGAAAUGUAUUCCGUUAAUGGGGACACUCAAAAAAGCUAGCUUUCCAAUGUGUGCAUAGUAUUGGCAACAUGAAUAUAUAUUAUACAUAAUCUAAUUCUUAAUUAUCAGCUGCUCCUGGUCUAUGUAUUUGAAAACCUUUUCACAAAGGGAAUUGCUUAAUAUGUGGACUUUUACAAUAAAAAUGCUGCAUUCUAA